AUACAGCUGCAUAGUAUUCUGUGUUUUUCGGUGGUGUUAGUAGACUCUUUUCGCCGUGCCCACCUUGCUGCGGUGUGCUAGUGGGGCUAAGUUAGUACUGAACAAACAAAUCAACCAUGCAGAGCGAUAUACUCGUUCCGAUUCCAUCAACCGCCUGGGAACAGCUUCGGGAUCUUUACAGACAGGACUGGCCGAGGCACGAGAUCGCGUACUACACCAUCCAGAAUUACAUCCGUUGGACGGAGCGCGAUCCACAUAUCAGCACCACCCUGAUCGUGUACAGUUUGAACGGAUCCUGGUGGGAGACUGGCACGUACAUAAUAGUUGAUCACACGGAUGUGUUCAUGUACACACUGGAACCAACUGAAGACACUCUGAGGCGAAUGCUUUGCUUGCUCGACUGGCAUCACAGCUAUCUGAUGAAUAUGUGCCUGUACCGGGAUGCAGUGGUGAACGCUUACCAUUUGCAUCGACUUGCGAUUGCUUUUGACAGUGUUGACGUGAUAUAUCGGGUGCCGCAUAACGUAGCACUUCAAUUCCGAUCUGAACUUCCGCCGGGUAUGACGCUACGGCGCAUCGCACCACACUAUGCACGAUUUAUCCACCACCAGUGGUUGAACAAAACUGUCGGAACAGAGUACUUCAUCGAGCGGUUGCUCCGAUGGAAUGUUUCGAUGGGUCUGUUUUGCGAACGGUCUAGGGAACCUUUGGCCUGGUGCAUCCGGUCGCAGAAUGGAGCGCUUGGGUUGCUCGGCGUAGUAGCUCAAGGGAAGGGUUACGGUUCUCUGGUGAUCAAAGCGUUCGCGCGAUGGCUCGCAGAGCAGGGACACAGUACUUAUGCUAGCGUUAGACACACGAAUAUGGCCACACGACGACUGUUGGAAAAGCUAGGCUUCUGUGUGGUCGGCGAGGCGAGCUGGUUGAAAAACAUGAAAAGCAGAUUCGACGGCACAGAGUUACGAAAGGCAAUAAAAUCGUAG